UGAGAGCACACGGUCUAUCAUUUUGGUCUCAUUCUGUCCUCUCCCACUGCAGAGGAAACAUGAGGCUGCGGGUCUUGCUGCUCCUUGGUCUUGUCACUCAGAUUUUAGCAGCAGACGAGUCAUGCAUGGGCCGCUGCGAGAAUGGCUUCGAUUCCGAGAAGACGUGCCAAUGUGACACCAUGUGCAAGUACUACAAGAGCUGCUGCGCUGAUUUUGAGGCCACUUGUGGCAUGAUGACUCGUGGGGACACAUUUGAGUUAGCAGAAGAUGACGAUUAUCUUGAAAGCACCACGCUAACAGCACGUAAAGCGCCCGUCAACAGUCCCACUCUGUUGCCUGUUUUGGACUUUGCGUACAAACCGCAACAGCGACCUGCAGCCACAUUAGAAAUGAAGAAACCUCCACCGAGGUCUCCGAGACCCACCGUCCCACUAUCAGUGAAACCCUCUAAUGACACUGAAGUCAGUUUACCAGCAGCCCCUCCAAGAGCCACCAUCCUGUCUUCAGCAAAACCACAGAGUAGCACCUAUGUCCAGAAUGCCCAGACAACCACAACCCCCAUGAUACCUGCAACCACAACUGGCACCACUGCAGCUCCUGACCCUGACGCUGAGAAAUGCAGCGGCAGACCCUUUGAUUCAUUCAUGCAGUUGAAGAAUGGCUCCAUCUUUGCCUUCAGAGGCGAGUACUUUUUUGAGCUGGACCAAAAGACAGUGCUUCCUGGAUAUCCCAAACUCAUAAAGGACGUGUGGGGCAUCAGUGGGCCAAUUGAUGCUGCUUUUACAAGGGUCAACUGCCACGGAAAGACAUACAUGUUUAAGGGGAACCAGUACUGGAGGUUUGACAAUGGCGUGCUGGAUCAAGACUACCCUCGUGAUAUCAGUGUGGGCUUUGACAAUAUUCCAGAUCAUGUGGAUGCUGCCUUUGCCCUCCCAGCUCACAGCCACAAUGGCAGAGAGAAGGUGUAUUUUUUCAAAGGGGAUCAGUAUUACAUCUACGAGUUUUUGCACCAGCCUUCCCAUGAGGAGUGUGUCACGAUGUCUGAGAGGUCACCAUCCAUGUUGUUCAGCCGUUACACCGACAUGUACGCCAGCAACUAUGACAGAUAUUUAAGUGAUCUCUUCUCAGACUUGCCCCAGCAUCACAGCCAUCACCGUUUCAUUGACAGAGACUGGAAGGGUCUUAAGUCACCAGUGGAUGCCGUCAUGGCUGGCCGACUGUAUGUCCCCCCACGCCGGCUACAGCCGGACAUACAGUGGGACCGGUACCAACAAUAUCAACAGUACCAACAGUAUGGCCAGCAGUACAAUCAACAGUACGGUCAACAGUGGGGGCGAAGGAGAUGGAACCGAUCGCCCUUCUGGGAAUCCAUGGCCGAGAGGGGCAUGGGCAUGGGCCAGCAGUUUGCGGAGAGGGGGAUGGAAAUGGGCCUGAGGCUGGCCGAGAGGAGGAUGGAAAUGGAAGAAAGACUGGGACGUGACUGGAGCAGGCGCUGGGAUCAGGACUGGGACCAGGACAGGCGCAGAGACGGCUACAGGAAUAACAACAGAGGCAACUACGACUCCAGAUACAGGAACGACAGGCCGUACUGGAGGCGUCUGCCCGUACAGAGCGUCUAUUUCUUUAGAGGAGAUAAAUACUACAGAGUCGACCUCAGCACCAAGAGAGUAGACCCGGCCUCGCCUCCCUAUCCCAGAUCCAUCGCCAAGUACUGGCUUGGGUGCUCCGACACAACAGGAGCCGAGAAGAAGUAGUUUAAAUCAUUUGUGGAUUUGUGUCAGAUGAUAUCAGUAUAACACAUAACCAGCUUGCUUGUCAGCUUGAGCGAAUAUGAUCUUACGUCCAAAGUCUACUUGACCUACUUUGUUUACCAACGUUUCGUCAUAGUACAACGCAAAGGUAAAGCCUUCAGAAGUUCUGUUUCUCAAUGUAACAUUUAAAAGACUAAUACCACCUGCAAUUGUAGUAUUUGUAAUUUACACAACUACAGAUAAUUUAUGCUCACUUUUUUUCCUUUUUUUGUUUUUGUUUCCAUGAACCAAUACAGUAUACAAUACGUGACACCCUCAGUGUAAUAAUUAAUGCGUUACAAAGCCACUUUGGUGGGAUACGAUUUUCCGGUUCAAUAAGUAACUUAGUCAACUUUUCGUUACAUUUUUAAUAACAUAUCAGUGUCUUGUGUGUUUAUUUGCUGAUUAUGACAAUCAAACUUCUAGGUGAGCGUGGUUGUUUUUUUAGGACUCGGUCACCUUUUAGAAAUAAAUAAAUAAAUGAACUUAAAAGGUGUUUGUAUUGUUCAUGAGUGACGAAUGAAGACAUUUUAUAGUCCCACCAUUCUUUAACCACUGUGGUGACAUUUAAGAGAAUUGAACAACAGUUUUUAUUUUUAGUCUAAAUUUUCCAUCGA